UGUUUGAAUGAGUUGCACGUUCAAGGCUUUCUACGAGUUUAAAUAUUUUUUGCAUUUACACUCGUUGGAUCUUCUUUGUGUACAUUCUCUCGUAUCAUGUCGGAAGGCUAUAUUUUGGCUGCUCUUGAAUUCCUAAUACAAUAUGGUGGAACACAAAGUGUCAAAGACUUGUGGGUGCUAAUGUGUAAUAAAUUUCAUCAAGUUUCUGAUUUUAAACAUGGUGUUGGAAAAAGUUAUCAUAGUUUUGAAAAAUUCUUGUCAUCCAACCCAACAAUCUUCAGUGUUGUUGAUAACUUUGUUCGUCUCACUGAUAUUAGCAAUCCAUUGGAGAAUGAAAAGGACUACCCACAUCAGUAUAAUAGUCGUUGUAACAACAGCUCUUUUAAAAAUCCAAGAAAUAUCCGAAGUAAAUACACCAUAGAGUCAGAGGCUUCAGCCGUUCGAUAUUUUCAAGAACAGUUGCUGAGGAAACCAGAGCGAUGGGUCCCGAUAAGAAACUUGGCUGGACAUUUGUCACAGGCAUCUCCUCAUAUCAGACUAAGUGUGGGACCACAGUCCGAAUUCCUUGAUUUUUUGACGCGGCACUCACUCAUCUUUGAAAUUCAAGGUGAUCUUGUUGGAUUAAGGAACAGAACCAAAACAGUUCCCUGUACACCUCAACAAUCUAUUAAUAAAAAGAAAGGAGUACGGCCACUGUCCUCACAUUUUCCUGAUGACCUACACCGUAUAUCUGUCCCCUGUUUCCGGAUAGACAAUAAUUACUUAAAUCUUCAUAGAACCGGCCAAGAGGAGUCGACACCUAAAUCGCAAAGUGAAGAUGAUAUUAUUGUGUGUUUAGACGACUGUAAAGCUAUAUUUUGGCUAAUGUACGUCAUAAAACAUAACUUAAAAGAUGAAAUUAUGAUUUCGAGAUUACUUGCAGAGCUUUCAAAUGCCCCUGAUUCGGUGAGGAAUUGUAUUGGUUGGACUCAGAUUGAGCUUUCGGAGUUUCUUAAAAAAUAUACCAGGAUAUUCACUGUUGAUGAGGUUGCUGGUGUCGUUGAAGUAAACUACACGAACAAACUUAAUCUUUUUGUUGCCUCAAGGCAUAUAAACGAUUCUUCUUGUGGCCUAAUAGUUUCCCAAAAGGGUUGCAUUUUUUGUGUAAACAGGCUAUGGGGAAUAAUAGAUCUAGGAUUUCACGAACAUGUAUUCUUCGACAGAUCGCUAUUUAAGAAUGUUACAGACCUUACUAAACAUUUCAAGAUUAAAGAAGUAGUUUAUUUCAACGCUAUUUUAGCACCUAAAGAUUCUCGUGCCAAAUGGCGUGCUACAUGUGUUUGGAAAGAAACUGAUCAAAUAAUUAAUCAGUUAGCUAAAGUCAAUCAUUCCGAUAAUAAUAAUACUACUCUUAAUAAUAAUAACAGUAAUAUACAUCCUCAUACUCCGUCCCAUGAACAUCAUCAACAACUUAAUGAUGAUCCUGAUUCCGGUUUAGAUAAUUCUGAUGAAAUAAUAGAUCCAAAGAAAAAUAAAUUGAAUGAUGAUCCAAUCAAUAAAAGAGAUCAGUCAAUCAAAUCUUUAUUUGAUGAAGAUAAUAUGUCAGAAGAGUAUGAAUUUAUUAUUAAACAGUUUGCUAAUGUACGUAUGGCUGAUGUCUGGGAGAUUGAACAGUUUACAAGUCAGUUAAAGUAUACAAGUUCAGAUAUGCUCAAUAGUAAUACUAAUAGUACUGUUGUGAAUAAUAGCAACAAUAAUAAUCAGUAUAAUCAUACCAAAGAUCAUCAUCAUCUAUCAUUAUUACCACAAUAUAAUCCGGUUGAUCAUGAACGUAGUUUAUCAGUCAGUAAUGAAUCACUGUCUGAUUUAAAUACUUUAUCUGAAAUACCUAGUAUUAUGUCUGGUAUACAACUGGAACCACCAUCAACAAUACCACCUUUAAAUUACGCUGAACAUAAAGUCGAUCAUGCUGCUAAUCCAAAACAAUUAUAUAAACUGCUUACUCAUAAACCAGGUUGUCCAUGUCAAUGUCUAUUAUCAUCCACAUUAAUUCAAGAGAAAAAAUCUAUGAAUAGUGUAACUACACAAACAUUGUUUACAGGUGAAGUGAAAGGAAAAUUUUUUUAUCAUGAAACACAAGAUGGUCAUAAUAAUCAUUCUUGAAUUCUAUUGUUAUCAUCGUCGUAGCAGUGUGUUUCCUUUAAAAUCGUUUUUUGAUCAUAAUUUCUUUCUAUUAACCCUACUUCUGUUUUUUCGAAUCCAUUUUCAUUAAUCAUGUAGAAACGCACAGUUUAUUUCAUAUUCUAAAUUAGUCAUUAGUUUGUAAUGAAUUUAUGUAUUUCAUAUUUACCCUAAUAAGACCUUUCCCAAGUCUUAUCUAUCAUAUUUACAUUAUUGUUUGCUGGAUCUUGAAUUACACUUUUCCUUUAUAUUUUCACUGACAAUAAAAAUACCAUUGUAUGUUUAUCUACAUGCCUUAUGAAUAGUCUGAUUACUGUCAGUAAAAUAGAAAACAAUAGGUGAAGUACGCAGUCAUCAUUAUCAUUCAUAGUUACUUUUAUCUACCUGAAUCAAAAUAUUCAAAAGAAAAAGAUAAUAAUAACUACUAAUCAACUUCAUUUGUCAAUUUUGCACAGCAACAAGAAAAGAAAUAGAAAAAUGGAAUGAUUUUUCUUUGAUGAUUUUCUCCGCCUGUAGUUAUUGAUUUUCCUGAUUUUGCUCAUAUUUCUCUGAAAAUUUUUUUUCUUUUUUUUAGUAAUAACUUUUCUUACUUUUCUUUUUUUACUUUUUUUUCUUUGUUUGUUUGUUUAAAUACCUAAAAAAAUAUAGAAGCAUUUCAAUGAAGAAACAUACUAGAAGUGUAGUUAUUCUCUCUUUGAAACUUUCGAACUUUCAUUAAUAUACAUGUAUAUUUAUUGUUUUAAUUAAAUUAAUUUAUAAACAAAUAUGAUUGAUUAUAUUUUGUUUAUUUAUUUAUUUCAAUGGAAUUUUUUAAUCUUUUUAAUGUUUGAUUAAAUGAAUAAACUCUGGGAUAUCCAAAUUUUUCAUGAUAUAUCUAUAUACUACUUAUAUUGAUGAAUGACUUUAAAAUGUUAAUAUAGUGAAUAGGUUACUUGAUUAGUUAUUUUUUAAAAAAAACUCAUGUAUUCGUAUAGAUUUAAUGUUCUAUUUACAUAGAAUAUUGUUUCGUAUGAUUUUUCUUUCAACAAACUUCAUAUUUCACAUUAAUGUAUCGUAAUGAAAAGUUUUCUUUUCGAUGUCGUUGUUGUUGUUGCCGUCGUCACGUUUUUUUUUUUUUCAAAUUUCUAAUGGCUGUGAAUAUAUUUUACUAAUCUACAUACAGAAAUACUUGUACUUUACAUGACAUUUUUCUUUCAUAGAUUACAAUCUUUUUCAAUGAGAGAUGUAUUAAGUAAAAUCAAUGAUCACAGUUAUACUGUUACUCUUAAAACUGCCAUUUCAUUCAAACUGAACAAAUAAUAUUGAAAUAUAAGUUCCAUCUAGAUAAUGAUAAUAAUCAUAUCAUUGAAAGGGUAGUUAUGUUAAAUGAUUUAUUAAAAUAUAGUUUAUUUUGUAUAAAA